UGCUACUGACGCAUGACAGUUUACAACCAUAUCAUCUCAAAGGAUGGCUCUUGUGGGCUGAAUGUGACGGAAGUCCCCAUCACCUGCGUCGGAUCAGCAUUUGGAGAGUGCUGCGGUUCCGAUGGGCAGUGUGGAUCAACAGAAGCCUAUUGCGGCAUAGGCAACUGUCAGUUUGGUGAUUGCGACGAGGCAGGCUAUACGUUCGAUGGACGUUGUGGUGCCCAGUUUUACGGCUUGGAGUGCGGUGGGGCAUGGGGAAACUGCUGCUCCAACAAGGGCGUGUAAGCCGCCCUAGUCAGGUUUAAUUAUUAUCUCAACCGUUCAGAUUUCCGACUCCUUAACCUCACUCCACAAGCUGCGGCAACACCACUGCCGAGUGCGGAGUCGGAAACUGCCAGUCGGGAGCCUGCGAAGGAGGAGGGAGCGUGAGCAGCACCACCACCGACACCCGCCCUCCUCUCAGCACGUCGACUUCGGGACCACCUACCCCUUAUCUCCCCACUCCCGACGGCACCUGUGGCUACAAUAACAAGUACAAGUGCACCGACGCCCUCCUCUACUUCGGCAACU